AUGAAGAGGAAAAGCGACCAACUCCCUUCUGCUAAGGCUGAGAAAAGAGCUAAAGAAAAGGCUGAGGAAGAAGAAAGUCAAGAAUUUGGUUGUACGUUUGAGGAUCUUCCAUCGCCAAUUAUUACUGACAUUCUGCUUCAACUUCCCCUCAAAACUAUUGCGACUAGUAAAUGUGUUUGUAAAACUUGGAACACGUUGAUUUCAAGUCGAUAUUUUGCUAAUCAAUUACUGCUUGAAAGACCAUCAUAUAGCUACACACCCUCUAGUCACUAUUACAAACAUAUUUGA